AUGAUCGGACUUUUAUCCAGUCCCGCAAAUGGCAUGCCUAUUGGCGCUAUGCAGGCUGCCAUUCCUUUUGGCCUUGGACUGGCUUCUGCGGCAUACAUGGCUACGAGGGCUGCCUCGGCUCCAGGGUUCAGUACAGACAAGAGAAUCCCUAUAGCCUCUCUCAGACCAGGCGACUCUUCACAUGAUGAUGAGUACAAUGAGGAUCCAGACGCAUUCCUCGAGCGCUGUGAAAAAGAAUACGGCCCAGUGUUUAACAUAUAUCUCCUCAACAUGGCCCUCACUGUCAUCUCUGGCCCUCAAGCCCGUGAAGUUUUCACUAAUGAGAGCUUCUCUGGGAAUGACGUGCGUGAAAAGCACGUACGCAUGCGCUCAUACUUUAAUUCCGGCCGAAAGAGCAACUUUAAUGAAAUAACCAUUCGAACACUCAUUCGUGAGAUGGUCAAUCGUUUUAUUCCUACUUACACUCCGAAGAUCGCAGCACAGAUGAACAUAGACAUUGAUCAAGAAAUAGUCCAUUGUCCUGCUGAGAAGGAGGCAAAACUAGUUGUGAAACCUCGUCUUGCGCUUCAAAAGAUAAUUGCUAACACAAUGGCACACGUUCUCUUUGAUCCUGAGAUUGCCAAGGACCGUAAAGUCAUUGAAACACUUAUAUCUGCUUCAGCAGAUCUCGGGCCAGCGUUCAUCAACGGUAAUUUCAGAGCCUCCAAAUGGCGCGCCUUUGUGCGAUGGUCCAACUGUAAACUGCUCCAUCCGCUUCGAAACCAUGCUCAGACUCUAGUCGAGGCCUCUACUCCUGUGAUCCGUGAGCGCCGUCGACUCGAAGCUCUGGCGAACGAGACUGGUGUUGAAUGGGAGCGGCCUGAUGAUGUACUUCAGCACAUGGUCGAUGACUUUGACAAGUAUGGGUUCAUGGACCUUGAAGAUCUUUGCGCACAUCUACUUAUUAUUGCUGGCAUGUAUGUCUAUACAGCUACAGAUAUCGUCACCAAUAUGCUCUACUAUCUGGCGGCAUUCCCACAGUACAUGGACAGGUUAUUUCAAGAACAACAGCAGGUCCUUGAUACUAUUCAGGCGGAACGAGAACAGGCACGUCAAGAGCGUUCGAGGGAAGGAAAGCCUAUUGGCGAUGACUUGGAUCCAGCACAUGACAGAGACUUGACUGCAGCUGCAAUCAAGAAGAUGAUCUAUAUGGACUCAUUUGUACGAGAGGUCUUCAGGUUCCGUACUGAACGUCUGGGGAUAAUGCACCUUGCGCUCGAAGAUGUUACUCUUUCAAGCGGUAUUAUGAUCUCCAAGGGCUCUACUGUUAUUAUCAACACCAGACCUGCUCAUCAGAGUUCUGAAAACGGUGAGGAUGUGACAGAGUUUAGACCAUGGCGGUUCGUAGGCAAGAACAAAGCUGCGACUAAAGUUGGGAUGGACUACCUACCCUUUGGUAUAGGAAGUCGCUCUUGUCCAGGCCGAUUCAUGAAUAUACAGGAAGCAAAAGUCUUCGGGGAACUGAUGAUCUCCAAGUACUCUAAGAUCGAAAUCCCGGAUCCUUCCAAGACAAAGAUGGCUCUUUACGCCCGUCUUGGUGAGGCUAUUGAUACUAAUUUGAAGCUCACUAGUCGUGAUUGA